CGAGAGGCGGCGGGGCCCGGCGGGUUCCGGAGUCUUCCCGAGCCGCGGCGUCUGAGGCCGGGCUGACCCCGGCGGGAAAGAAGUGGGAGCCCCGCAGGGCGGCGUGGGCCCGGCGCCGGGGGAGCCUCGGAGAGCUGACUCGAAGUUUCAGUGUCAUCAGCGAGGCUUUGAAAUUCUAAAUGAUGGAGACCAAUCAGGAAACUUCCCUCUUCUUGGUGAAAAUCUUGGAGGAACUGGACAGCAAGCAAAAUACCGUUUCCUACCAGGACCUGUGCAAAUCCCUGUGCACCCGUUUUGAUCUGUCCCAGCUCUCCAAACUGAGAAGCGUCCUCUUCUACACGGCUUGUCUCGAUCCCAAUUUUCCAGCCACGUUAUUCAAAGACAAGAUGAAAUGCACCGUGAACAACCAGCAAUCGAAGAAAAUCAUGGUGGCGGCAGAUAUCGUGACGAUAUUCAACCUCAUCCAGAUGAACGGGGCUACAGCCAAAGAGAAGCUCCCCAGCGGCCGGCAGAAGAUGCGCAAGAAGGAGGCGGCCUUUGACUUGGGCCGCUCGGACACGGAACUCUGCACCGCAGCCCAGUGUGAGUCCCUCAGCUGCGAGCUGAGCGACCAGCCUUUCAGCCGGGGCUACCCCACCCGCCAGUCUUCCAAAUGCCGCAAGAUGGACUGCAAGGACUGCCCGCAGUUUGUACCUGCCUCCGAGCCCAACUUCCUGCUGGGGGUCAGCAAAGAUGUGAAAAACCGGGCGGCUUCCCUGGACAGGCUGCAGGCUCUGGCCCCCUACUCGGUGGCCAGCCCUCAGCCCUGCGAGAUGCAGAGAACCUAUUUCCCCAUGAACAUCGAGAGCGAGUCCAUGUCCGAUCAGGACUCCCUGCCCCUCACCCAGGGCAUCAAGGAGACUUUCAUCUCUAAUGAGGAGCCCUUCGUGGUCCAGUCCUGUGUCCAGAAAAGGAACAUCUUCAAAGAGGAGUUUCACAACCUGAUGACUGUGUCCCCCGAGUUGGCCAGCCCCGCCAACAAGGCUGAGGGCGAGCACGGGAAACCCCAGGGCCGCAAGGAGUCCCACAAGACACCCUUCCCCAAUCACAGCUUUGAGAUGCCCUACAACAGCCAGUACCUGAAUCCCGAGUACUCCCCUGUUCCUGACAAAAGGCGGGCAAAGCACGAGAGCUUAGAUGACCUUCAAGCCUCCACGUAUUUUGGACCCACUCCAGUGAUGGGGACCCAGGAGGCCAGGCGCUGUCCCGGGAGGCCGGGUAAGCAGACCCCCUGGCCGGCCAAAAGCUGGAGCCUAAACACUGAAGAAGUUCCUGACUUUGAACGGUCCUUUUUCAAUAGAAAUCCCUCCGAGGAGAAGCUCCGCUAUCCAAAUCCCAGCAGCCAGACCGCCAACUUCCCAACCCCAGACAGGCGCCCAGCUUACCUCGUGCCGCAGGAGCAACAGCCAAUGCUCCCCGUCGGCUACGCGGCCAAGCCAAACGGGCUCAAAUCUAAAGAGAUCUCGUCCUCCGUUGACCUGGAGAAGCAUGAACCGGUCAAAAAGUUUAAAGACAAGAGCAUUAGCUGCACCAGCAGGCAGCUCAGCUCAGACACCAGUAGCGUGGGCACCCAGACCGAGCAGCACGUCCUGGAGCCCAAGAAGUGCAAAGACUUGUGUGCCUCUGGGCAGGGCAAGUACAGUGACAGGCACGCCAUGAAGCAGUCAGAUGACGACUCGGAAGUCGUCAGUGAUGACAUCAGUGACAUUUUCCGAUUUCUUGAUGACAUGAGCAUCAGUGGCUCGACGGGAGUGAUGCAGUCAUCCUGCUACAACAGCACAGGAUCUUUGUCCCAGCUUCACAAGUCGGACUGUGACAGUUCACCGGAGCACAACCUAACCAAAAUCGCCAACGGGCUCCCCAGCAGCAAAGGAGAAAAGGGCAACCGGCCUGAAAACAGCCACCACUCGGAAGAGGAAUUGAAGACCAGCGUGUGCAAACUGGUGCUCAGGAUCGGUGAAAUUGAACGGAAGCUCGAAUCGCUGUCGGGUGUCCGCGAGGAGAUCUCCCAGGUCCUGGGCAGGCUCAGUAAGCUGGAUCAGAAGAUACAGCAGCCCGAGAAGGUGAGUGUGCAGAUAGAUCUGAAUUCCCUGACCAGCGAGGCUCCGUCCGAUGAGAGCGCCUCUCCCCGGAUGUUCCGUGCACACAAUGGUUCCCACGGGCCCAAACUGGAGAACUCGGCCGACUGGUGCUCCUCAGACGCCAGCGGAAGCAACAGCGAAAGCCUUCGUGUCAAGGCGUUAAAAAAAAGCCUCUUCACCAGGCCAUCCUCCAGGUCCCUGACGGAGGAAAACAGCGCCACAGAGUCCAAAAUCGCCAGCAUCUCCAAUUCGCCCAGGGACUGGCGCACCAUCACUUACACCAACCGCGUGGGCGUCGGAGAGGAAGAUGUGAAAGACAGAGGCCCUGGGGAAAGUAAGGACUGGCAUCGAAAAUCUAAAGAGGCAGACAGGCAGUAUGACAUCCCCUCGCAGCACCGACUGCCCAAGCAGCCCAAAGACGGCUUCCUGGUGGAGCAGGUGUUCAGCCCUCACCCCUACCCCGCCUCCCUCAAGGCCCACAUGAAGAACAACCCUCUGUACACAGACAUGCGGCUGACGGAGCUGGCGGAGGUGAAGCGGGGCCAGCCUUCCUGGACCAUCGAGGAGUAUGCUCGCAACGCGGGCGAGAAGGGCAAGCUGACAGCCCUGGACCUGCAGACUCAAGAAUCUUUAAACCCAAACAACUUAGAAUACUGGAUGGAAGAUAUUUAUACUCCAGGCUACGACUCAUUACUGAAAAGGAAAGAAGCCGAGUUCAGACGAGCCAAGGUCUGCAAGAUCGCUGCUCUGAUCGCUGCAGCGACGUGCACAGUCAUCCUGGUCAUCGUCGUGCCCAUCUGCACGAUGAAAUCAUGAGCCGCUGGACGUGCAACGUUGCCUACGGCUCAUGACGACCGACGUCUCCCUCUGUAGUUUAAAAUCACGUGCCAGUGGUGCCACGGUUUGUUGAAAUAGAAAUCACAGAGGCUUUUCUGCAAACACUGACGAUGGCCUUCAGAAAGUAUACAUUCUAGAGAGAUAUCUACCUACCUAUUAGCUUUGACUUAAUUCCACGGAUGAAUUUUAAGAGUGCAAUAUCUUUUCCUACCAAAAGAAUGUAAUGGACUACCAGUAGAUACAAACUGAAUUCCAAGCAAAAAAAACAGAGGAAGAUUAAUUGGUUGGAUUCUUUCCAUUUUGAUGAACUUUCAUGGCGGGGAAUAUGUUAUAGAGGAGAUGGUUAAUCCAUGCCUUUUUUAGGGAAGCUAAGGGAGAUAGCAAGAUGAGAAUAAAAAAAAAAAAAGCAUGGGUUCUCUUUCCCUUAAUGUUCUUAGACCAUCACUGGCAAAGAAACAGGGUAUGUAUCCAUAAAGGGGGUUACUUCUCUGCUGACUUUUAUCAAGGGCUACCGACUUUGCAUUCUUGCCCUUCUGUCAUCAUUACAGUCUUCAUUGCACAUCUUCAUGGAAACGUUCUGGACCUUCUUCCUGGUGCCCCGGGUAGGAAGGUGCUGGACUGUCAAAUCAGGCAUGGCGUGAAGUGUGCUCUCUGCUCAAUAGGCCAAGGUAUUCAGGCCAGGAGACCUUCCUGUGCCCACCUCAAGGUGUGGGAGAGUUGCUUGCUCACGACGUACGAUCGAUAUCUGAAAGUCACGGCAUCCCAAAGGGUCUCCCAUUCUUGCUCUGGUGUGUGGUUCCUCUCAAUCUUCUGUCUCCUGGUGGUACCCGUUGCUCUGCUUCUCACACAUGAGUUGAAGAAUUUGGAACUUGUCCUUGUGCCUUGAAGAGUAGAGACAAUGGCUGAACUUUCACAUUCUAACUAUAAACCACGGUUUCCAUGCACCACUAAUACCAACCAUUUCCAAUGGCUUUAAAAAUUUUUUGAAAGCUUGUCAAUAAUACGACAAAGGCUGUGAGGUAUUCUCAACUACCCCAACACCUACUCCAGAGUUUUGAAUACUUGUCAGCUGUGCAAAAAAAAAAAUGAUCUAUUUAACCGUUUAUCUAUCUAUAAUGUCUAUCUAAAUACCUAAGUUUGGUUUAUUGUCAUCUCUGUUAAAUAACUUGAGAGCAAGGUUUCUCCAGUGUAAGGAAGCUGUUGUAAUUUCAUUAGAAUUUGAUCUCAGUUUCCACCUGCUGAAUGGUGCUUUGACAUAAUUGGACGGAAAGAAUCCUUUUCGGCAUUUGAUCCUACUGUCUUGUUACAGGUUAAAGGAAAACGAUUGAUAGAAACUAGCUACCUUAAUUCUUCUGAGAACAAGGUGGAUUAUAAAUAAAUGCUGGUGGUAAGAAUCAUCACUCUGGAUGAUAUAAUGCACUCCGGAAAGAGAGGUUUGGGAAGCAUCUCAGAUUUUAAAGCAAUAGGCGUUCAGCUUCCAUCCUAAAAUCUUCCAAAUAAUGCUUAGCUUGUUGGGUCGAAUCCUAUUGUUCACUGUAAAGGGCAGUCAGAACAUUUCAUGUUGUUAAUAAAUAAGGGAUGGAUGCUUUCAUCUGUAGUGAACCUUCGUUUUUAGACGUCUUCAUGUCACCUAUUUCUAGUCUCACGUGUAUGUACAGAUUUUCAGCUAGGUGACUGCAAUUUAAGCCUUAGUAUGGAAAACUGAGGAUUUAUCAUUGAAAAUGAAAAAAUAUAUAUAUUACUGUCUACUGUCAGAAUUUUAGUCUUUUGGUGCUCUGUUUGGGGUUGGGCACAUUCAGUAAGGUUGUUUCUUUCACCCCAAAAGGGAUUCUAGAUGAAUACCCUCGGGAGCUGGGUGUUGCCAUCCCAGCUCUCCUCCCAACCAGUACGGCUCUAGAACACAUCCCAGUCCUGCCACUGUCACCUUUAUCACAGGUUAAGCCACGAGAGCAGCAGAGAUGGGUUGUUCCCAAUCUCUUGCUCUAUGAUUGGCAGAGAAGUGGAGAUGCAGUUACCCAGGAUAAGAAAAAUUUGUCAGAUCCCUUUCGGACUCCUUCAUUUGCCAGGUAGGAUCAUGGUGGAUGGACCAAACCACUAUUGCCACUGCCCUUGGGUGAAUCUAUUCCUAAUGGGCCCUGUUGGGGCCAUGUGCCUAGCUCCGUAGGGAGGGCAUGAUUAGAAGCCCCACCCCACGCAUGGAAGAGAAGGGACUCUGUAGAAUUUUCUUCUACUAUUUUCAUAUCUGGAGAGGUUGUGAAAGAAAUUUAAUCUUGCUCUAAGUCCAGUGUAGCUUUAAAAUUCAGCUCAGCAUCGUUGCCACGUAGUGGAAACAUCCAGACCCGACAAUACCCCUGGGAAACCACACAGUGGUGGCCCAAAGGCAAGGUGGUUUCCUCUGGAAAGGGAUUAUCCACGGCUUGAACCCUGAUGGAGGCUUGGGGCCUUGGAAUCUAGAUAAGGUGAAGUUCACAGUUGGGUCCUUUCUCUGCAUUGAUCCCAAGCUUGUUACACCUUCUUUCCCUGGACCCCAGACUCACUCCAGUUCCUCCAUCCUGUUUGCAGAAAGGGUCAAGACCAGAGUCUGGCCGGGAAGUAAGCAUCUACCCAUCCCUCUAACACCUGCCUCUAAUCUCCUGCUGCUGUGAGCUCCCUGGAGGUGACAUAGGGACUGGCCUGACUUCUGUAGUGGGCGCCAACUUCUACCACGCUCUCUGGCAUUUUCACGUGAAGUAUGAUUUCUUGUGCCGAAACCAAAAAUCACUACACUAUCAAAACUCGCUUCAUUUCUCUUGCAUUUAAAAAAAUGAACAAUCAGAUGUCGUUAAGGGAUUGUUCUGAAAUUAGAUCUCUAGCCAAUGAUUAAAGUUGGAAUCAUUUCAUCCUCUUUUUCAUUCUGAAUUUGCUUGGAACACAGCCUUGCAGAGAAGCAAAAAAAUUUCCCAGCUCACAGUUUUCAGAUAUUUUACGCCAGUAUCCUCUCCUUUAAACGGAAAAUACAAGUCAAGCAAAUCAUACUUAUGUCACCCAUUACUAGCUGAUCAUAAAUUGUUAGCAUCUUAGGGCAUGUAGCUAUGUAGUUGGUAUCUGCAAGGCUAGCUUGAUAGAUGUGCUAAAACUCACUGUUCUGAAUGUGCCGUAAGUUCUGACACCCUUAUUGGAAUCAAGGCAGUGCUGUUUUUGUUUACAGUUUAUCAAUCUAAGAGCAAUGGCACCUCGUUUUCUUAACAAAAAAAGCUCUGCCAAUAGUAAAUGAUUCUGUUAAGUGGUAUCAAAAUGUGUGAAUGUUGAAAUUCAACAUGCUUCAUAUUAUAACCAACCUGCAAGAAUAUUGUGGUCAACUGUGUGAAUACCAAAUCAGAGUAUACUGUAUAUUGUACUUCGGAAAUUUGUAUUUAAAGGCAAAAAUAUUAGGAAUAGUUGGUAUACUUGGGGAAAAGGGUAUUACAUAUUUAUUAAGUAACAAUGAGAAAUGCAACAAACUUCCUUAUUUAUGCCUUAUGAGUAAAGGGGUGUGAAGUAUUAGGUGAAGUUUUAUGCGCAAGACUCUAAAGGAAUGGGUAUCCGUGAAGGCAGGGACUUGUCUUUUCUAUGUUUGUUCUGAAAAGCUCUCAGCACACUCUUGGUGCUUAAUCAUUGUUAUAUAAUACCAAUCACUAAGCACAUUUUUAGAUCUUUUUUCAAAUGGCUUGUGUAAAAUUUGGUUAAUGUAUAAUGGUUGGUUUGAAGCAUCUGCCUCUCCAAAUAUAAUCGAAAAUAAACUGAAACCUGAUAAAAUAGCAUGCCGUGAGAUUUUAUUCUACGCGUGAAUUGUAAGUUGUCAGUUUCAUGCACAGAUCAUAAGCGUCCAGCUUGAUGCUUCUUCACAAAGGGAACACAUCCAUGUAAUCGGCACCCAGAUCAAAGACCAGAACAUUCAAGCACCCCAGAAACCUCCCUCAGGCCCCCAUCCAGCGAAAACCUUGCAAAGAAGAACUGUCCUGACUUUUAAAGGCACGUGUUAGUUUUGCCUGUUUUAAAGCUCUGUGUGAAUGUAUUUCAUGCAGUGUGUACACUUUUGUAUCACUCAACAUGAUGUUGUGAAAAACAUCCUUGCUGUGGUGUGUGGAUGUAGUUUUCUCAUUCUCAUUGCACUGAUUGUGAAUAUAGCACGAUUUAUUUAUUCAUUCCACAGUUGAUGGA